AUGCUGGAAUUGAAGACUAUUAUUUGGGCUGAUAGUUGUGGUAUGAGGCGUCGGAGAGGGAAGACGACUUAUGUUUUCUUGGACAGUGAUGUGGUGUCUUUCAACUGUAAUCCUAAUGCAAGUGCCCCUGCACUGGAAAAAGAACCUUUAAUAAUCACUUUGAAGCAUAAAAGAAAGAUAAGAAAGAGAGAGUGUAUGAGAUGGGAUUCCACAUUAGAAAUAAAAGGGACAAAGAAGCGUGGUGGAUGGACAAACGAUGGCUGUUCCAUUGCCGAGAGUGAUGCCGAAGAAACGAAAUGCAAAUGCACACAAACUGGGACUUAUGCCAUUAUGUCUAAACUGAAACAACCCUUCGACAUUCCGCCUGAGCCAGAAUGGGUGAAACUAGCUAAAUGGAUCUGCUAUGGUUUAUCAUUUGCAAUGCUUAUAUUUUACAUUGCAGUCAUUUUAUUCAAAAGAACUCUGCAUGAGCAAUUCCACAUCAUUCGCUUAAAUCUAGCCGUUGCAGCGCUGGGAGGUCUCGUUUCUUUCUUUCUAUCCCCCUUCUUUUACGAGGAAGAGGAGAACUGCCGCAUUUUGUCAAUUCUGGUUCAUUUCUUUUACACUGCAACGGGUGCUUGGUUGACGGCAGAAUCGAGCGCCCUCUUUUCGGGACUUGUGAAUGGAUCGUUCGGGGGAAUGUUCACUUUUCAUCUCUUGAUAGGAUGGGUGAUUCCUGGUGGUAUGAUCGGUGGUUGUUUCAUGGUUGUUCGCAAUUAUGGUUACGACUACAGGUGCCUUGUAGGACCCACAGCAGGCAUGCGAUGGCUUUUGGUCUCUCCCAUACUCAUAUCCACUAUGCUAGCACUUGUAUUUGCUACGCUCACUUGUGUCAAUUACGGAACGCCAGCAGUUAAGAAAACUGUCAUUGUCAACGAACUAAGUUCAGCAACGAGAGCGAAUUUGAUAGUGAGCGUCUUGUUCCUUUGCACUUGGUUGUGUGGUGUGUUUGCCCUCGUCGAUCUCGGAUUCGACGGCGAUGAGAUUCCAACCUUCAACCCCAUCUUCCAGAUACUCAACGCCUGUCUGGGCAUCUUUAUUGUCGCUCUCAUUGGAUUUAGCUCGAAGCAUUUCCGAUAUUGCCUCUGUCAUUCAACCAAGAAUAGAACAAAAACAAAGGCGAUAAAUUUGGAUCCAUUUGAUGUGCAUGACAAAGCUAAAAUCAACAGCAGGAAAAAAAUAUAUCAAAGCUGAAGAAAAGUUUGCAGAUGACAAUGGAAACACAUACUCUUAGAAUGCUUGUUUUUGAAAAGAGAAUGUUGUAAUGCUGAAGCUAAUAAAAGUAUUUCUACCACUACAAGGUUUCUUAACUUUUGUAAAAAAUCAAACUUAACAAAAGCGAAAUCUUUAGAUAACACCCAUCCCGAAGUGGACAGAUCAUUAAGAAACGGUUCCCAGCAGAUCACCGAAGUCGAGCAUCAUUGGCUGGGGUCAGUGUGCGGGUGGGUAACCACUUGGAUUAAUCUGAAUAGGGACCGAGAGUGU